AUGUCCCUAAUAUCCAAUAGAAAGAGACCUAGAGGGUUUUCCGAAUCGUUCGCUAAGCAAGACGCAACCACCCCUACUCGCACUCAUGCUGAAACAGCAUCGCUCCACAGCAGCCAACACCACUUGCUUGGGCUUGAAUUCGACUCAAAUAUACUGUCGUCUUCGUCAUCAUCUUCUUCAUCGGCUUCCGAUAGGAAAAUCACGUCGAUAAACUUCAAUGAUAGCAUUGUUAUUGAAGAUUCCGAGUCCUCCUCCGAUGAGCACAGGAUCCUUGAAGACGCCAAUGGGGAGGUGGUUGAUGAUGAUGACGAUGACGAUGACGUUAUAAUCUUAGAAGAACGUAACAUUGUCGGGUCAUCUCAUCGCUCCGAUUCGAUUGUGUUUCUCAAUAAUGAUGAAGAAGAGUCUGCUUACAAUAUGUUCAACGUUCACAACGUGAAUGCUAACGCAAACUACAAUUACUCUUCAAUAAAGAAACAGAGGACGUCGUCAUUGCCUCAAUUGCCGCAAGUUCGCUGCUUUUACAACAGAAUUCUUCCCCAUGUGGUCCAAAAAGUACCCAAAUUGGGUAAUAUUAGACCUCCGGUGAUCCCAUGUACUGAAAGGGAUGGAAUAAGUGGUAGAAACGGCAGUAUAAGUUCCAUUGGAAGCAAUGGUAUAGUGGACACUCUCCCCACGUGUGAUGACAAAGAGGGACACUUCAUCAUAAAUAUUGGGGAACUGUUUGCAGAUGGACGAUUCUUAAUAGUUAGGUUAUUGGGCCAGGGAACUUUUGGUAAAGUCAUAGAGUGUAUUGACAGGUAUAAUAACGAAAAAGUUGCCAUCAAAAUUAUAAGAAACAUCCCCAAAUAUAGAGACGCAGCCAAAAUUGAAUUAAGAAUCUUAUCUACUUUGAAAAAAUUCGAUAAUGAUAACUUAAAUCAUUGCAUCCACUUGAAGGAGUGCUUCGAUUAUAGAGGUCACAUAUGUAUUGUCACAGAUUUACUCAAAAUCUCGUUGUACGACUUCUUGGAGAAAAACAAGUUCAUAUCAUUUCCAGGACUGCACAUUCAAGCUAUCCUGAAGCAAUUGAUUAGAUCGAUAACAUUUUUACAUGACUUAAAUCUAAUUCACACAGACUUGAAGCCGGAGAACAUUCUCUUGUAUGAUGAUUCCUUCAACAAGAAAUCUUUGAUUAGUCACACGAUCAGAUCGUCAUAUGCACAAUUAAAGAAGAACAAAAUUAAGAAGUUCCCUAAGUUUUUGAAAGUGCUAAAUGACCCUUCUAUCCAAAUCAUUGAUUUUGGAUCUGCAAUCUUCAACGAUGAAUAUCACUCCAGCAUUGUAAGUACUCGCCAUUAUAGAGCUCCAGAAAUUAUCUUGGGUACUGGUUGGUCCUUCCCUUGUGAUUUGUGGUCCAUAGGUUGUAUAUUGGUCGAGUUGAUAAUUGGAGAACCACUCUUUAAGACUCACGACAACAUCGAACAUUUGGCUAUGAUUGAAAAAAUAUGUGGCUAUCAGAUCGAUACAGAAAUGGUUGAAUUGCUGAAAUCAUUCCAAAACGAAUGUGGUGUGAAGUACUUCGAUCUGGACUUUGAAUUGGAAUUCUACGAUAACGUUGACACGCCAAGUAAGUUUUUAGAUUCAGUGGAUAAAUUGGAUCGAAUAGAUUUGUUUAUCAGUUGCAAAUUGGGCUUAUCGAUAGAUUUCGACUACUCUUUAAAUGAAAAUUAUGAGAAGAACAAACAUUUGAUCAAUUUCGGGAACUUUACAUUUUGGUGGUUUCUUAUCGAUUUGUUAAGAAAAUUGUUUGUGAUUAAUCCAGCAAAGAGAAUGAGUGCCUGGGAUGCGUUACAACAUCCUUGGUUUAACUUGGGAAUAGAUGAUGAAGGAACUACUGAUUAG